AUGCAAGCAAGAGAAAACCUUUUAACACUACCUCAACGUCUUAUUCUUUUUGAUAUCUCAGAGAUUGCCAGUUGUGAAGCGGAAAUCAGCUUGUUUGCCGAACGUUAUCAUCCAGAUACGAGAAAGUGGCUUUUCGAAGAUUUCAACAAAUGGUUCGAGGACCCUGGAGACUCUAGAGCGUAUUUUCUGCUUGGAGAUGCAGGAGUCGGCAAGAGUGUCUUGGCUGCUGUCUUAGCUCACCAAAAGAGAAACGCUGGAAACUUAGCAGCGGCCUAUUUCUGCCGCCACAACGAUGCCACAAGAAACAAUCCCAGGUAUCUACUGGGGACUAUCGCAUGUCAACUUUGCAAAUGUAAUGAGCAGUACACUAGUCUUGUGGGAGGGGAGGUUGGCAUUAGAAAUUCCUUAGGUAAUUCUGCUCUAGGUGUUCAGGAAUUGUUUACCAAAUUAUUACAAGAGCCACUGGCUCAAUGCGCUCCUGCUUACCCGAGAAAGUUAGUCAUUAUUGACGCUCUUGAUGAAACAGAAUACGAGUCCAGGGAAGAUUUUCUCGAUCUUAUAAUGCGCCGUUUUCUCAUGCUUCCACAAUGGCUUGUGUUUUUUAUUACCAGUCGCCCUGAGGACUGUGUUCAAUUCAGAUUGAAAAAGUACAAAUCCUGUAUUAAAAUUUGCGCAGGGAACAGAGAAAACGUUAAGUUCUAUCAACAGCACGAACAGGACAUAAAACUAUAUUUGGAGAAAAGCGUUGAUUUCUCCCGUUUGCCGAUUUCGGUGGAUGACAUAGCAAAGAAGUGCGAUGGGUUGUUUUUGUACGCCUUCUACAUUGUGAGGGCUCUCAGCAAUCAAUUGCAUUCCGGGGUAUUAAGUCAGCUCGACGAUCUUUUCCCUGAAGACAUCGAAGAUUUUUUUAUGCAGAAUUUCAGGAGAGUUUUUCCCAAGGUAGGAGCGGACUUGUACAAGAAAUUGUUUGGAUGUGUUGUAGUCGCUCCAUCUCCACUACCUGUCUCCUUUAUUUCGUUAAUUCUGCAAAGAGAGAAUUCAAAUCUUGAUGAGCAGGAAGUAAUUGAUGCCCUCUCGACAUUUCUGUUGUUUCGCACUCCUGAUCAGUCAUUCACGUUUCUUCACAAUUUGAUCCCAGCGUGGCUAACUAACAGGGAAAAAGCCUCUCGAAAAUUGUUCAUCGAUAGGAUCAAAGCAGGUGAGUAUUUCAGAGACGUUAUAACUACAUGUCUCUCCGAAUUUCUGGACGAGCAAUCGGAAGGCAGCUUUUCCAUUGACACCCGUGUACUUGAUUACGUUUUGCGCGUGGGGGUUCGCUUUUUGCGUGGUUUCUCUGACAAAGUUUCAGUAGAAACAAUCUCCAGAUGCUUGACUAGUUUUAAAUUUAUUCAAGCGAGAAUAAAAUGUAGACGUAAUGAGAUUUAUCUUCUUAUUAACGAUUUUAAGAGGGAGGCCGAAAACAAGACUUCUCGUGACAGUAAGAAACAAGUUAUCCAAGAAAUAUACGCUGUUGUUGAAAAGAAUGUCAACGUUCUUUCGGAAUGUCCUGAGCUUCUCCAUUCUUGCUUGCGGAUGACCUCCAAAGCUGUCCAGGAUGCUGUUAUUCCUUAUGGGGUCUCAACUUGUUGGAUGGAGUACAGUUGGGCUAGGAAUGCUUCCUGUGAAAUCCCCUUUGGUAUAAGCUACUUUGCUUUGUCUCCGGAUAAGAAAUGGCUUGCUGGAGGAACAGGCCAAUCCAUAUUCUUGUUUGAUGCGAGUACGCUUGAAAGAAUUCAAGGCCCCAUCAAGGUCGUAGAAUCAGGAGAUGAUAUUCACCAUGUGGAAUUUUCAUCAGACAGUAAGUUGUUGUUUUUUGGAAGGCUGGAUAAAUGGUUUUCUCUGGAUGAAGGAUGUUUGAAAGAUUUACCUCAGUUUGCUGGUAAAAAUAGGCUGUUCAAGUGGGGGUCGCUCGCCUUAUGUGGUCGCUAUAUUGUAGUAAAAGAUGAUGAUGUUUGGAAUGGAUGUCAUACCCUGUCUUGCUUGAAAAAAAUUUUUUGUUUGUGGGCAAGGCACGAGCUCAAACAGAUCAAGAGUGUUGAGAUUUAUUUUACGCUUAGAAGAAUUAAAAGAGCGUUUCAUAAUUUUUUUUUGUGGAAGAAAAACGAUGAUGAGCGAAUGGUGCUUCUUCAAACUUUGUUUUCAAGGAAAGAAAAUGCUGCUUCGCUCUGCGCACGAUGUUCUGCGUCGAUGCAGGAGCUCCAAGUAUCCUCAUUUUCGCGUGUCCGUCAGCUUAUCACUUACCUUUACUCUGACAUAUUCUGGUAUCAGGUCUGGAAUUUGGAGAGUGGAAAAUCUGUGUUGGAAGAAGCAUUUUCUUCGGGUACCCAGCUUAACCCAUUAUUCCUCGUCUACCAUUUAGCCCCUUGCAGUGAGUUCAUUAAAAUAUUCUACCGUGUUAUAAAUGAAGUUGAGUCACUUUGUGAUGUUGCUGUAGCAAAUGCCAUGUAUUACAUUUAUGAAUCUUUGUCCGGAAGUAAAGCUGUUAGGUCUUACUCUGAUCGGCACUUUUUCAACCUCAGUAAGUCAGUGCUUUUGAGCCCUUACUUUCUCACACCACCCAAAAUGAGUUCAGAACGUGAAACCUCGACAAUAGCAAGGAUAUCACUGGAUCAAAACUGGAUCGCCAUCGGGAGUUAUGACCAUCUGGAGGUAUUAGUGUGCGCAAAAAAACUCAAAAGUGAGAAUUUCAAUCGUAACCCGCGUCAUGUUAUUAAAGAUGUGGAAGCCUUUGCCUUUACUGAUGACUGCAGCGUUUUUCUUUAUCUCUCCACUGACAAGUUACUGUGCGCUCUGUCUCUCCAAACUGGUACCACCCUUUUAAGUGUCUCGGAACGUACUCCAUUGUAUCUCAGGCCUGAAGGACUAGUUGGGUAUUGUUUUCGCACUGGAGACGAAGAAAGAAACAUCUUCGUGAAGGAUUUUCCUAGAGGUUUCAUUGAGUGUGUAUGGACUAAAUUAAUUUACUUGCGUUGGUCAGAGAUAGCGUUCUCUUCCACUGAUACCUUGAAGUCCAUCGGUUUUGGUCCAACACUUUCUUUCUGGAAAAUUGCAAACGUGGAUGUGCCCUCGGUCGAGUGUAUUUCCAAUUCUCGCUUAAUGGUUGGAGAAUCUCCUUUCAGAGAAUUCGAACCUUUCAAGAACUGCGUAUUUUCCUGCAGCGGAGAACUGUUAGCCACUCAAGAAAGUUCAAGGAUACUACUGUUCAAACAGGAGAGAUUUGUUUGCACUGUCUUUGAAGAAAGGGAUUGUAAUAUUUCUUGCAUGAUAUUUUCUCCAAACAGCGCUUUAUUUCUUUUUUGUAUCGAAAAGAACAAAAAUGCGCGGAAAUUCUUCGUGUGGGAUGUCCAAGAGAGGGCUGUGUCAGCAUCUUGUGACUCCUUUUAUCUACCCUCCGUAGAAUGCUGUUGUUUUUCAUCCGACAACGCGAAAGUAUUCAUUUGCGGUCAGCGAAGCAUUCAAAUUUGGGAGCACACUGGGAAUUCCUGUCGUCUUCUGAAAAUGCUGGAACCUAGUGGGAUUUGCAGAGAGUCGGACAAAUUCACUCACUGUACAGUUUCGUCAAACGACAAACUGCUAGCGUGUUGUUUUGGAGACAAAAUUCUCCUCUACUCUGAAGCUGAACAAGCGUCUGUUUUGCAAAUACCACACUGCCAUCUUGGUAGGGUUGAUUUUUGCCAGUUUUUGAAGGGAACUCGUUACCUGAUGUCAUAUGGAGUGGAUGGUGUUGUGUUGUUGCGGGAUUUGAACGACAGGCAAACUGUUGCAUACGCUAGGAUCACACAAGGGAUGGAGAGCAUUGUAAGGGUUGCCGUGUCUCCUGAGGAGGACAAAGUUGUUUGCUUAACAUCUGAUUCUCGCUUAAACGUAAUUAAACUCUGCGGAUUAAAGUGUGAUAACCUAUCCGAAGUACCGUUGGUGAAUACGAAUGCCAGUGAAAAUGCCAACCACUUCGCAAGUCAUGAACAGCUAAAAGAGGGGAUUGUACCGACCUUCAAGGAUUCUGCUUCCCACGACAACCUAGACACCUCAACUGAUGAUUGGUCUCUCGUGUUAUCUUCAGACGAAGAUGAAGCAGACAGUGAUGAAGACUAGUCAGAUGAGAGAACGUCGAAUACCAGGCAAGCAAAUUUUUUUCAGGGAGGUUCUUCAUUGAAUUUGUUUUGAAUUAAUGAAAUGCGAGAACUUAGACUAAAAAAAAAAAGGAAUAUUACUCGCAAUCACGGAAUAACUCUAGCAGUGGGGUUUCAUCUAAGCACAGAAGUGCGACAACCCGGUACAUUUCCUGAAAACCACAAUUUAGUAACAACUUGAAGCAAAUUUGUUCAUACCAACAAACAACUCAUGAUUGUGUAACUAUAUCAUUUUGUAAUUAAUGUUUAAAAAUAGUAGCUCAAAAUUUAGAGUUGUUUCCAUGUAUCUUUCGGUAUUUUCGGUCUAGUUAGAUUACCAAAAGGGACUUAAAAGUGACCCAAAAGAGUCAUUCAGUAUUUAAUCGUCAAAAUGAAUCGGACGGCCAAUUCUUUGUAAGGUGACCACUGCGUCAUGUACAGAUAUUCAUGCUACCUUGCCUAAAUAAACCAAUGUGAGAUGAUAGCCGUUCGCGAAAUUUUUCAUCGAAAUUUAUCGAUUUCUAUUGAAAAGUAAGAAAGAAAAGAAAAAGAAAUAGUGAGAAGAAAAUCAGAGGGUAAACAAGAAAGGAACCCAAGCCUGACUGGUUGUGGCUCCGUGUGUUAUUCGAUCAAUCUUCCCUGGACUUCUGUUCAGCUGCGUCUCUGAACUCUGUCACCCUCAUGAUCAAAUACCUGCUUCUCUUGACUGACUUUCAUACUUCACCCGGAAUCAUGCCGUGAGAAUUUGCUGAAUAUCAAGUAAAAAUCAAAGUCGAUGAUUUUAGUUUUAUUUUUGGUCUGAGUUUCAAAUUUAUCAACUAAGUUGUGAUUUGAUGAGUGGUAGGUUAACCUCAUACAUUUUAGUCUUAAUAUAUUUUAUUGUUCGUGUCGGAAACAUUUCUCUCGAAAUGAAACUGUAUAAAAAGCUGGUUGUAGAACAGUAUCAAGAAGAAUUUAGUUCGCGUUUGUUAAACGAUAAAAUUAAGACAUAUCCUACUUAGAAGCAUUGUAAGAGCUUCAUUACCUUUGGUGUGGGAAUAUGAAUGGAAAUUACAUAUUAGCAAAACCCAUUCAGUUACAAAAUAUUAUAACCAGUUGAUAAUUUCCUAUUUCAAUGGCGUUCUUACUUUGUAAGUUGAGUAAUUUUUAUCUUUUAGUUUGGAGAGAAAAUAGUCCAUUUAGCUCCACAAAAGUUUGUACUUAGCUGUUAGUGAUUGACGCAUAUUAUCCAAUCGUGAGUUUGACAUGAAAGCGGAUGUUCAA